CAUGUUGCACAGGGAAACUACAUAAUUUGACUACUUUGAGUGAUAUUACUUCAUCACCCCACUUUGAAUAUCUUCUCAACAAACACUCCCUCCUCGACAGGGGUUUGUUGCCUGCGUUGGUAGCUGCCAAAGUAAAUUCUUCGUUGCAUGUUUUGACAUUGUUGCUUAUCACAUUACUGGACACACAUCGCUUCUUCUGGCAGAGGACAUUUUAAGUGCUAAUUUGGAGGAAGAUAUAUAAAGAUGUGUCAGAGAAUAAAUCCAUAUACGUAAGUUUGCGGUGUCAUGAGUGCGUAGGAAUUGUAAAUAGAUCGUGCUUGGUAUGAACGUGCAAUUUGUUUUAAGAUUAUCCAGUGUCUAGCAGUGUUUGGUGUGUGUUUUAAUUUAUUAAUAUUUAUUUAUUGGGAUACGAUCAUUCUUGGAAGUGCAUGUGAAGGACAUGACAUGAGUAGCAAGUAUGGUUAUCAAACCAAUACAUUGUUUGUGCAAAUAUCCGCUUUCCUGGAUUGAGGAUAAUGCAAACGCCACCAGGUGAGGGCGGUCGUUGGACACUUUGGUGGUGGGAAGCUGCCCCAGGAUGCGUGGGUGGUUCGACGCAUUUCGCAACGACGGCGGACCGACGCUGUACAGUUACAGCAAUCGGACCCCAGUGACCGGCGAUGUUCCGACCAUCAGCCUCUACGUCCUUUUCUUCACGCUAUUCAUCGCCUUCGUCAUCAUCUUCCCUGGAGUUCGGAAAGAGAGAUUCACAACCUUCACCGUCACAACCUUGAGUCUUUUCGUUGGAUCGGCUAUUCUUGUGAGCAAGUAUGGUUCAGCGUGGCAUGUGGCUGACACGUCCAUAAUGAGCUAUUAUAGAGCUUUCUCACGAGAGAAACUCGCCGCAGAUAUUGGGGUCCAUAUCGGUUUAAUGCAUUUCAACGUAACACUUCAAGAUAUAUAUUUAUCCGGCACUGUGUUAUCCUCCCUCAAUUUGAACGAUUCGCUAGUAAAUACUGGGCUGCUGGAGGACAUUGAUUACAAUGAGAGAUUCCAUUGGGAGUCUGCUACGGAAAUUCAGGAAGAAUUUCGCGAAGCGUUGAUCAAAGGGUUGCCAUAUCCCAUUCUCACCGUGGUUGAGUACUUCAGCAUGGAUGAAGAAGGGUUUUGUUGGGGAAGGUCAUAUCGCCAAGCUGGAUACUAUGCAUCCAUCCUUCUAUGGGCAUCGUUUGCAUCAUGGUGCCUCAUGAACCUCCUUCUCGUCGUCGUCCCACGCUAUGGUGCUUACCAAAUGAUUGUCACAGGGGCUCUCAUGAUCACGACCAAUGUUCUCUACUAUCUUCUCAUCCCCAGCACGAGACUCAUGAUUAGAUUUGAAGAUAAUUUCCUCAUGUUCAAAUUUGGAUGGUGUUACUGGCUCUGCUUUUCUGCUGGUAUUCUAUGUGUUGCUUUUGGUGCAGUUAUUUCUAUAGUGGAUUUAAUGUAUCCGCACAAGUUUUCAACAAUAUUGGAAGUGGAUUACGGAACGCCAUUCGAUCGGCACAUAAUCAUUGAAGAAAGUCAUUACACAAAAAGAAAUAAAAGAGGAAGUGGUAAGCGUUCCUUGGAGGAUCCCGAGCCAAUGGGACUAGGCAGAAAAAUUCUGAGAACGCUUUCAAUGCGAGGGGAUAAAUCAGAUGACUUAAGACUACCGCAUGGUGUGCUCAACUCAGGUUUCGAAAUGGACCCUCCCAAAUCACCCUGGAGGUAUCCUCAUCACAUGAUGAACCGCCCAGACGGAACUCCUCUUAGACCUGCGCUACACAAUGCUUUUGCAAAAAAUCCGGCCUUGGUAGACCGUGCCUUGGUCAGGUUGGCCGCACCUACGCCAACAAAAUCGCCAAAAUCCGUCAGUUUCCGAAGACAGAGUCGGCUCACAGAAACAUUUCAAGUCGACCCCAUGAGAUUAAGACGAAGCGAGUCCAAUGACUCUGCAGGCUCAGGAAGUACAAGUUCCUCUGGAAUUGGAGUUGACCACCACAAAGAACCUCAAAAGUUUCAGACUCAAACGAGGCCCGUGGAUAUCAAACGGACAGACUCUGCUUCGUCCAUCUCCAGUUUUGGGCUAGGCCUGCUUAGUAGAACUCAUUCGAGACACGAAGUUUUAAAUAAUCCUCAUAUCGCCAUAAGUCCGCAAUUGUCAGGACAGAAGAUUCAAAUAGACUCCUCGCAUUUACCCUUAAGUCGCAUAACUUACAAACAGAACAAGCAAACAAUUGGGCUGCUUCCGAGAGCUUCACUGGAAAGGAAGAACAGUGACGCUGAGGAGGAUUUACAGAACUCGCCUCCUUCUGCCAAUAAUCGUCGUGAUUCGAAUAAUUCAGACAAGAGUAGAUCCGCCUCCAGUGGAUUCAGUUCAACGGGAUUUGACAUUCGACAGCAAAAACGACCUGGGCCGGAUGGUCACGAGAUGGAAGACAGCAGGCGUGGGUCUAACGAAAGCAGUGGGAGCAGUAAUCAUAUCCCGAGCCUUAAGAUGGCCUUAAGAGAGCCAGACUGGUGAAAAAGUUGGCAGUGUCCAGUGCAAAUUAGCGACGAAAACGAAAGACUGGAAAACCGUUGUCACUCAGCGUUUUUAACUGUGAUCGAUUUAGUUAUAAUUUUACGUUUAAUUUUAAAACGAAACAAUGCAACUAACGUAAACCAUAUUCCGACUAUUGUAUUUUUAGUACCAGUACUAUUCUCGUAUGCCAUAUAAAUAUUUGUUUUAAAUAGUUUCAAAGUGAAAUUGUGAGCAUUUUGUAAUUUGAUUCGUAAUUUACGAAGGAAGCCACAAGAACAGUUGAGUAGCCAAAGCAUUAUUAUUAAGUUGUAAAUGAUUGACUGAAUUUCUGUCGCCCGCAAUAUCGCAAUUUUAUCAAGUAUUCUGCUGUUUUUCGUAAAUAAGAUGUAUAAUACGCGCAAAUUGAAUGUUAUUUACAGGAAUAUUUAUCUGUGUAUUUUAUUCAUUAUAUAUUUUAUUUAAAUGUGGAUGCGAAACAUCAAUCAUUAUGAAACGUUUCCAUUUUUAUGGGGUUUAUUAUUUUUAAUUCCAUAAUAAUGUUACAAACUGUUUUUACACGAAUGCUUUUAUUCAUCCGGUUUUUAUAAAUACUUUAAAUUAUGACAUGAAAUAUAUGCAAAAAAAAUCAAAA